CACCCCUGGGCUUGAACUUUAGCACCCUCUUCCGCAGGAGUUUGAAGGCGAGGAUCCUCGGAUCCCGAGCGGGCCGUCCGGAUAGCAGACGAGAAACCAGCAACUUUCUCUGACGGGAGUUUUGUGGAGCUCUUCACAAAGAAAUAACACCAGGAAGGCAGGAAGUGUUUCCAACGCUCCGGGCCGCCGCCAGCCCCUGCGAGGAGCCCGUCCUGCCGUGCAGAUGUGUGUGAUUGGAGCGGCGAGAGGGUUAUUUUCCUUUGACUGAAGGCAACCCAGCCCCGGCGGAUUAAGCUCUUUGUGCGCACGCGAGUGUGCCUUGAUGGAAGCUGCUCCCGCAAAACCAGCUGCGGGGGCUGUGGGGAGCAUUCCCUAGGUCAGGGAGCCCUCCUGGAGGAGGGGCAGAGCUGUUUGCGUGGCUCUGAGACGAUGCCGGGACAGUAACUCCCUUGGCAGGCAGCGCAGAGCUUCGGGAUGGCCGUCUAUGCCCUCACGGGUUUCUCGCUCGUCAGCCUGCUCAGCUUUGGCUAUUUAUCUUGGGACUGGAUGAAGCCCAGUUUGGUGGCCGACGUGGCCACGGACCCUAUGGAGAAAUCACUGCCUCCCACCUUCACCAGGCCACCCCACAUCAUCUUCAUUCUGACCGAUGACCAGGGCUACCACGACAUCGGCUAUCACGGCUCAGAUAUCCAGACGCCGACGCUGGACAGGCUGGCAGCAGAGGGUGUGAAACUGGAGAACUACUACAUCCAGCCCAUCUGCACCCCGUCCCGGAGCCAGCUGAUAACUGGCAGGUACCAGAUCCACACAGGACUGCAGCACUCCAUCAUCCGCCCUCGGCAGCCCAACUGCCUGCCCCUGGACCAGGUCACCCUGCCACAGAAGCUGCAGGAAGCCGGCUACUCCACGCACAUGGUGGGCAAGUGGCACCUUGGCUUCUACAAGAAGGAGUGUCUGCCCACUCGCCGGGGUUUCGACACCUUCCUGGGCUCCCUGACAGGCAACGUGGAUUACUACACCUACGACAACUGCGACGGGCCGGGCGUCUGCGGCUACGACCUGCACGAGGGGGAGGACGUGGCUUGGGACCAGAGCGGGAAGUAUUCCACCUUCCUCUACGCCCAGCGUGUCAGCAAGAUCCUGGCGUCCCACAGCCCAAAGGAGCCCAUCUUCCUCUACGUGGCCUUCCAAGCAGUGCACACGCCCCUGCAGUCCCCCAAGGAGUACAUCUACCGCUACCGCACCAUGGGCAACGUCGCCCGCCGCAAGUACGCGGCCAUGGUGACCUGCAUGGACGAGGCGGUGAAGAACAUCACCUGGGCCCUCAAGAAGUAUGGUUAUUAUGACAACAGUGUGAUCGUGUUCUCCACGGACAACGGUGGGCAGACCUUCUCUGGUGGAAGCAACUGGCCGCUACGGGGUCGCAAAGGGACGUACUGGGAAGGGGGAGUGCGUGGCAUUGGCUUUGUCCACAGUCCCCUGAUCAAGCGCAAGCGUCGGACAAGCUGGGCACUGGUUCACAUCACAGACUGGUACCCGACUCUGGUCAGCCUGGCCAGGGGCAACCUGAGCAAUGUCCAAGGCUUGGAUGGCUAUGAUGUCUGGCCUGCUAUCAGUGAGGGCAAGGAGUCACCACGCAGCGAAAUCCUGCACAACAUCGACCCCUUGUACAACCAUGCCAAGUAUGGCUCCUUGGAGGACGGCUUCGGCAUCUGGAACACGGCUGUGCAAGCUUCCAUCCGGGUUGGGGAGUGGAAGCUCCUCACUGGCGACCCAGGGUACAGUGACUGGAUACCCCCACAGACCCUGACCAACUUCCCAGGGAGCUGGUGGAACCUGGAGCGUCUCACUGAUGGCCUGAGGAAGUCUGUGUGGCUCUUCAACAUCACCGCCGACCCCUAUGAGCGCUACGACCUCUCAGAGCAGCGCCCAGACGUGGUCAGGACCCUCCUGAUGAGGUUGGUGCACUACAACCGGACUGCCAUCCCGGUGCGGUACCCUGCAGAGAACCCCCGGGCUCACCCCGACUUCAACGGCGGAGCCUGGGGACCUUGGGCCAGUGAGGAUGAUGGGGAGGAGUGGGAAGGUGGCCGGGAGCCCCUAAAGAGCAGGAACAAGAAGAAGAAGUGCAAGAUUUGCAAGCUGCGCUCCUUCUUCCGCAAGCUUAACACCAGGCUCAUGUCCAACCGCAUCUGACAGGACAUCCCCAGCAUCCACCCAUCCUGGCCAGGGUGGAGCUCUGGACUGCAGUGCCGUGGGGUGGGAGGGAGGGAGAAGGACAGUGGGGAGGUGGCCAGUGCUCUCUUGCUCUCCCUUGCUCCAUGGUUCACUCCAAAACUCUUCUCCCUUGCUGGAGUGGUGGCCAUGGGGAGCUGCCCCCAGUGGGUGAGGGAGGGCAAUGUGGUCUCUGCUGCGGUGCUUGGUGGUGGUGAAUGACUGUGCUGAGCUGGGCUGGCCCUGCACGGCUGCUUCCAAAGAGAGAGACCCUUUCCUCAAGGAUUCUGCAGCCAAUCAUGAUAUUUAAGUGUUGGUCAUUGCAUGGGCAUGGAGGGCUCUGCCUUCAUGUUAACCCUUGCUAUUUUCCUCUAUUUCCUCCUGACUCUCAGCCUGUUGCCAAGCAGCUGCAACCUUUGCUCUUGCUCUGGGCCUCCCCCAAACCCAAGACCACGUUGCUUCUUUGUGGAGGGAUGGAUUCCUGACCAUGGAUGUCAGACCUGAGAUCAGCUUGGCUGGACUAAGUCAUGCUGCUACAGUGACCUCCUGUGGGGCUAUGGCUUCCCCUUUCCACUGGCCUGGGGGGCUGGGAGCAGCCCUGAUGAGGAGCUGUGGCCCAUGGAGGCAUGAUUGGAUGCUCUCAGAGGACAAGUGUUUCUCUUUGGCCCCACAUUUGGGAGGCAGGUUUGCCCCAGGCUCUGGUGGUAGACUCCACAUGGGUCCGCCACCCAGCAGACCCUUUCACCCAAAAUUUGCCUGGACAGCCCCCUCAUGUGCAAGCCUCUAGGCACCCAUGUUCCUAUGAAUCCUACACAUCUGACCAGCCAACCACCUCCAUCUGCCCAGUGCUGAAGCUGUCCCUGUCCCUACAUCCCAUUGCUGAACCUGGGGCAGAGGGAAGAUCCCAAAAAGGUCUCUGCAGAAGCUGAUCUGCUGUUUUGUAGCUGCUGGACUCUGAAGCCUGGAGGAUGGGGAUGAUGGGGAUGUCUCCCACCUGCCAACAUCCCCUGGCUGCAGAUGGGGAGGGGAACACUGCCCCAUCAUCUGCUGCUGUGGGGAGAACACACCUCCCCAGCAUCCACUGCUGUGGGGAACCAGCCCAUCCUUUCUCCAGGGCCCAGGGGAGCCAGCAAAGCUCCGGGCCCCCGCGCCUUCGGCGGGGUGCGAGCGCGUGUACGUGUGCUUGCAGGAGAGCUGGCGAGGACUAAAGGGGGUAAAUAGCUUCAAAAUCGUUUUGGAUGCAUGGUGCAUUUCCAUUUACACAAUGUGUUUUACAUUUCUCCCCACAGGUUUCUCUUGGUGCAGCGUGUGUAGGCGAAGGCCCUGCUGUGAAUUUUGAAAAUAGUUAUUUUUGUCUCUGGAAAAUGAGGCCCGUUAGGACUUGUCAGCUCUUGGAUGAGCAGUGUGGGCUUUCUAUUUUUUUUUCUUUCCCCCCUCUCUUUCUCCCUUGCAAAAUAACAUUCAUUUAAAAUCUGUCAUUGAAAGAUGUGACAAUUGGCAGCGUGCACACUGAAUACCUUUCAGUGCUCUUUCAAGCCCUGUGUGUGAGAGAGGGAUGAGGAUGGGAAGAAAAUGACAUGUUUGUAUUUUUUUUUUCUUUUACUCUUAGCUGGAUUAUUUGGGGGUAUUGGGAUUUUCUAUAGAAACAGAGGAAAAAAAAACAGCUGACAGCAAGGCAGAAGAGAGGAGGCCUCUUCUUGUGGAGCUGGGAAGGAGUUUGAAAAGCUGGAGUGUGGCGGUGUGUGUGCCAGUCCCCACUGCUCUGUGCACGCCCAUCAGUGCGCUAUCCCACCCCAUUGGCUCCCUGCAUCCCUGCAGGCACAUCCCAAGGACAGGUUUCCUAGGGGACUGAGCUCCUCCAUCAGCCCCAUCUCCAUCCCUGCUCCCUUAGCACGUUGCUCCAAGAGGACUCGUCCCCAUGGCAUCACCUGGUGGAGGUGAGCCCCAACAGGAUGCUCCACAUCCUCAAACUACCUCAAAUCAGCCAGCCUGGUCUCUGGGGAUGUGCACCACCAGCGGGGCUGCAGCACCAGCUGCCAUUUGGCAAAGCCAACCAGUUGCUGAAAAUAAAACAACAUUUUGCUGAAGAAGAGGAGGCUGCUGCAGGCAGAGCCAAAGCCAGGGGAGAGCAGGGGGUGAUGCUGCAGGGGCUUGGGAACAAUUACUGGCUAAGGGAGAGUUGGUGCUGAAGGGAAUGGGAGAGCAGGCUGGACGUGAGGUGGUGACAAGGCUCGGGAAACAGCUUUCAUUUCCAUAUUUAUAUAAAUGCAUCCAAGUUUAGUCCUUCUUUUAUUUUUUUCCCUCAAAAAUGGAAAUUUCCAUGAAAACAUGUUUGAUUUUUCUCUGUUCCCUUUUACUAACAUCCCCAUGAAAAUGUUCGUCUGUCUCACUUCCUCUUUCCAGGUUUGGAUCUGCUGGGCUGAUGCUGGGUUUGCACUCAGCCUGGCCACAGUGGUGGAUCUGCUGUCAUCUGUAUUUUAAUUAAAAAGAGUUGGAUUCUGAA